GAGAAAUUUCAAUUUCGCCCCUCUUAACAUCCCUCUCAGCUCCAUUUUUGGCAGCGACAGUGGUCGCUGUCCCAGUCGUUCCCUCCCUCAUGGCUAACAAGUCGCUCAACUCUCCCUCUUUUUCUCGCUUUUCUCGUAUGGGUUUUGGGCUUCGGAUAAAGUCCCAAUCAGCGUCUCCCAGUCCCCGAAUUCGUGAUUCCGCGAAGUCAAAUCAGGACAGCGACUGGUACAUUCCGUACAAUGGUCCGUACGAGCCUCCUCGAGACACCUACGUACGCAGCAAGGAGCCUUUGAGAGACAGUUGGGGAGACCCAGUGGUGGAUGCUCAGGCAGAAAAUGACGAAGAAAAUCCCAUAUUCAGUGAUGCCGAACUUCAUACUCGAUACGGAAACUGGAAUCCUGCAGACGAACGUAAAGGUCGCCCUAGAGCUCGUACCCAGUCUUCUUCUUCUGGUACUGUGGAUCCAAGUAGAGCCAGUAUGGCCACUGGGCGGCGCUCCACCGUCUCGCAUGUAGGCAAUCCUCCUCCUGUACCUUCUUACAUCAGUCUUGCAGGCGGAGUUGGGGAGUCUCCGGUUCCAAAUCCGCGUGCUGUUCGCGAAACUGCUUCGACCAAGAGGAAGAGUCUGGCUAGUCUGUUCACAUUUAAUAGUACGAGCAGAAAACUUUCAUCGUCUUCAAAGGCAGAGCGCCAACACACUCCCAAUACUCCUUCUCGCCUAUCAGAUCAGGGCCUUCACUCUAUUGGCCUUUCCAAGCUACCACAAACACCACAUUUACCAUCAGAUCCUGUAGCUGCAGUUGAAUUGUUCGGAGCUUCUGCGGCAACUGGUGAUGAAGAAUACUACAAUUCGUAUUAUUCAUCAUUGAUAAAUCAGCCUCAAAAUAACCAUCAAACUGCUCGUCAGCCUCCUGAUACAUCAUUUCAACAUACUCUGCAGCAACCGUCUUCACCUCAGAGCCUGCCAAACUCCGAACCCUCUUCUGCCACACAUCCUUACGCCUACGCCUAUUCAUCUUCGACUCCUCCCGCUGCCGAAACUCCCCGUUCUGCACCCCCUCCUAAAACCCAUUUCGAGCGCACACCUAUCCCUCAUAUAUACCCAGAGAAAUCCCGAGUAGUAUCUCCGGCUCAAAUUCUAAAGUCCAAGUCAAUCCCACAGACUAAAUCGCAUCUCCCGGGCCACGCCUUGAGUCUGAAGAACUCCAUCUCCUCUCCUGAUUUGCGUUCCAACAAUCGGAGCAAGUCAUUAAUACCGAAAGGGAAGGAUAGAUGGCUUUCUGCGGAAACCUGGUGCGACGCACUACUAUUUCCUCGUCCUCGCUUCAGACUGAAGCAGGAUAAGGACGCAAGUGCGUCAAAUCAUGCAGGAAGUGGUCGUAUCGUCAGUCCACCAGGUAGCCCCGUUUUGGGUUAUUUUUCCAACGCGAAUGCCGCUAAGCCAAGUAUAACAUCGCGCGUCCUUGCUCAUUCCCGGUCGAUGGUCGAUUUGAGCAAACCAACUGUUGCGGAACCAUCCAACCUACCUAGAACCGAAGCACAUCCACCUCCAGACCUACUCCAAAUUGCUCGCCCAUCUGAACAGUCUUCUCCUUUUCGUGCCCCACGGCCCAAAAGUUGGGCUUUAGACGACCUUGCGCUACCCAGUCCGGUUCCAUCAUUAGCCAGAGUUUUGGAAGAAGGUCAGAUCCUCGAACAUCAGCGGAAGAAAUGGCAGGCACAGGCAGUCAAUUCAUUCCAGAAUCAUCGAGCUCGUUCUCUUUCUCGAACUCGAACAAAAUCGCUUUCUUCGAAGCAACCCAAACGAAAGGAUAACUCAAAGCUAGACUUUCUUGCUGCUCGCGGUCUUCUGGGUGACCAGAAUGUUAUCCCGGUCAACGUAGUAAAACCUCGCCAAAGGUCAGAUAGUCAAACAGAAAGCCGUGGGACUACAGUUGGGCAAACCUCUUCCCAUCAUCAUCAUACAUCCUCACUUUCGAAAACCUUAACCAAAUCAUCUAAUAAGACCCACUCACGGAACCAUUCCCGGACUGAAUCUAUUGGUAGAUCUGCCGUUAGAAUGGUAAAAAAUACGGCAAACCAUCUAUGUGCAUUCGAUGGUGAAGGCGUCAGUCCUGCGGAGGAAAAGAUGGCUGGACUCGAAGGGGCAUUGCAGAAUAACGCGACCAAGGUAAUCACUUUUGCGGAUCCCGCUCAGAUGUAUAUCGAGUCGCCGUUGCCGAGUCGGAACGGUCAUUCUGUAUCGCCGACACCUUCUGGGAUUAGCGAGUCCAGGAUGGGCAUCGCACUCACGACACCACCUAUGACAGAAGAAACUUUUGAACCUAUAAGAAUGCCUGCUCACCCUUACGCCCAAGGAGGCUUUUCGUUCCUCACACCGCACAUUGAUUUUCAGUCCAAUGCUCGUGUUGAUCUCCCGUCAGCUCAAGCUAAGCCAUCCCAUGAAUCUCGGAUACAGAAUCCAAUCCCUGUUCCGACAUCAUGGCAUCCCUAUGCCCAAGCCGGCUCGUCCGCUCGUGACUCAUAUCAGAGCGAGAUGAAAAUCACGCCCCGCUUGCGCUCAGACAGUGACGUUCCACCGCCACAGAAGAUGUGGGCUCAAUGGUCCUCGGGUGUUGUCCAGGAGAUUCUACCAACCGAACUUCAAUACUCUCCCUAUCUGCCUGAUCAGAAAUCUAUGGUAGAGGAUGACUCGCAAGUACGGAAGCAGGUCAGAAAUUCAAGUCCGAUUUAUAAUACUGCCGGAGUUGGAGAAGCACUUGCAUUUGCUGCUAUGCAUAGAUACAGCAGGGAUAGUGGGAUUGGAACGAGCGAGGAACAUGCGUCUGCCCAGGCCGAGUAUGAAGCAGGGUCGAUCAGCAGUAAUCGGUAUCGAAAAACAACUCAGUACGAUGUGACACGCCCGUUGUAUCUGCAGAAAACUGUAGCCUCAAGCCCGCUCCAGGCUGCCAUCAUUCCCACUCCCACUCCUCCAUUAGAACUGAUGAGACAAGAGUCUUCAAAUUCGGGUGGCAACCAUUCUUCAGAUUCUUCGCCACCAAUGUCGCCACCACCACCGUUAGGAAAUGUGGAUGACCUGGCCACUUUUCAUGAUUUGUUCUAUCGUCCUAACAUCUCGAGGAAUGUUUCUAAUGAUGGCGCUACUCCCGCUCGGAUCAAUGGCAUACCUUGGGAUGUUGCCAGCGCUGGUCAACGAGGAAGCGGUCUUACCAGCAUUGCUCGACAGCUUACAGAAGAGCUUAGCGAAUCGCGGGACUCUUUGAAGAAUUCUAUUAGUUUUCGUUCCCAGUCUAGUUUAUCUGCGUUGCGUCAGAGUCUCUAUGAGGCUCGUACACCUCCUGCUGAUGCGAACAUGCGUUUUGUGUUCUCGGACUUGCCAGAGACUGCUUCGCUCAACACAAAUGGAGAGAGAAAGAACUUGCAAGCAAACAUCCUGACUUUCGAACCAUCGGUCCAAAUUUCAGAAGACGUAGAAUUAUCUAGAGCUUCCUCCCCUACACGAUCGCCCGUGGAUAAAGAUGAUGAUUUAGACACAGAUGAAUUCCGAGUUGGUCAAAUCGAGUCGAACAUCACUCCCCCCGCUGUUUCUGGCGUGAGUCGCGUCUCUCUUACUGGUCAAAUGGCGUUUGCCAUAGGAGAUGACGCACUUUCUGAGCAACACAAUAAUGAGGAUGUUCCGCCAUCAACCGCUCAUUUGACCACUGCCCACUCUAGUCUACAACCCCCUUCUGCCGGUCUCACACGCUCGAGCUAUAUGACUACCUCAGAUGGCUCCCGAAUGUCUGGGUUAUCCGAUUUUCCCGAUCCUCCUCUCCAACGUCUGACACCCGCUCACAUGUCGUUGCUCAGCUCGUAUUUUGACAAUACGAUAACUGAGAAGGAGAUUGCUGACGUCCGGGCCUACGGACAUGUGAAACCCGCUACUCGCUCUCGUUCCGGGUCUGUUCUCACGUCACGCCCGGAGGCUCAAGGUAGUAGGCCUCCAAUAGACGUUCCUGACAAACAGGAAGGCGUUUCUUUCGACGGAAAUGAGGAGAUUGACAAUCUCAUUGCUAGUCUUUCUCCCUCGUCUCAUUCGUGAACACUUAGGUUGUCAUUUUUACUUUUGCCACAUAUUUCCGUGUAUAAUUUUGCGUGGUUUCAGCAAAAUGUGUAUGUAUCUUUAACUUUAUCCUACUUAUUUUGUACUGUCAUCGCUUUCAAUUUGUACUUUAGAUGAUUAGAUCAUGAGCAUUAUUCUACAGUUAAAUACCUUUGCUACCUUCAUACAACUUGGUAAUUGCACAAGUUUGUUCUCUCUCACUGUAGGGUAAUUGGAAGACGUGCUGUCGGGUGUAUGGCAUCCCACUGGACCAAGUAAUGUUGUGGAGGUUCGCCAAUACAAUUCAGCGCAUGCGUAGAAUUAUGAAUAGUAAUAGGAAUCGCCCGACACUCGAUUUAGCCGUCGAAAUAGGCGCUCAAUACCAUGUUGGAAGGCGCUUAUUUUGCGUCAACAAUUUCAAAUUCU